AUGAAUAAUUCUCUGGAAAACACCAUUUCCUUUGAAGAAUACAUCCGUGUGAAGGCGCGAACAAUUCCCCAGCACAGGAUGAAGGAGUUUCUGGACUCCCUUGCUUCCAAGGGGCCGGAAGCUCUGCAGGAGUUUCAGCAGACAGCCACCACCACAAUGGUCUAUCAGCAGGGUGGCAACUGCAUUUACACCGACAGCACAGAAGUGGCUGGGUCUUUGCUCGAACUUGCUUGUCCUGUGACAACCAGUGUCCAGCAGCAAACUCAGCCAGAGCAGCAGAUACAGGUUCAGCAACCCCAGCAAGUCCAGGUUCAGGUCCAGGUCCAGCAGUCACCGCAGCAGGUCUCUGCCCAGCAGCUCUCUCCACAGCUUGCUGUCCAUCAGGCUUCAGAGCAGCCAAUACAGGUCCAAGUGCAGAUCCAAGGCCAGGCGCAGCAGCAGGCAUCGCAGACAAUACAGAGUCAGUCUCUUCAGAGCCCCAGCCCAUCUCAGCUGCAGGCAGCUCAAAUCCAAGUGCAGCAUGUGCAGACUGCCCAACAGAUCCAGGCUGCGGAGAUACAGGAGGAGCAUAUACAACACCAGCAGAUCCAGGCCCAGCUUGUGGCAGGGCAGGCCAUUACUGGUGGCCAGCAGAUACAGAUCCAAACGGUUGGGGCACUGUCACCUCCACCUUCUCAGCAAGGCUCUCCGCGAGAGGGAGAGCGACGGAUCAGCACUGCUAGUGUCCUUCAGCCAGUGAAGAAACGCAAAGUGGAUAUGCCUAUUACUGUAUCGUAUGCUAUUUCAGGGCAGCCAGUUGCCACAGUGCUGGCCAUUCCUCAGGGCCAGCAGCAAAGUUACGUCUCUUUACGGCCAGACUUGUUAACAGUGGACAGUGCCCACCUGUACAGUGCCACUGGGACCAUUACUAGCCCCACUGGAGAGACUUGGACCAUCCCUGUUUACUCUGCUCAACCACGUGGUGACCUUCAGCAGCAAAACAUAACCCACAUUGCCAUCCCUCAGGAGGCCUACAAUGCCGUCCAUGUCAGUGGCUCGCCAACGACACUGACUACCGUGAAGCUGGAAGAUGACAAGGAUAAGAUGGUGGGAAGUACUUCAGUAGUGAAGAACUCUCACGAGGAAGUGGUGCAGACUCUUGCUAAUUCGCUCUUUCCAGCGCAAUUUAUGAAUGGCAACAUCCACAUUCCAGUGGCAGUGCAGGCUGUGGCAGGGACAUACCAGAAUACAGCACAGACAGUGCACAUAUGGGACCCGCAGCAGCAACAACAGCAGCCCACACCCCAAGAGCAGGGGCAGCAGCAGCAGCAGCUACAAGUCACUUGCUCAGCUCAGACUGUUCAGGUUGCUGAAGUUGAACCACAACCACAGCCACAGACUUCACCUGAACUUCUACUUCCAAAUUCUCUGAAGCCAGAAGAAGGGCUUGAAGUAUGGAAAAGCUGGGCACAGACUAAGAAUGCAGAGCUGGAAAAAGAAGCCCAAAAUAGGCUAGCACCUAUUGGAAGGCGUCAGCUGCUGAGGUUCCAGGAAGAUCUCAUCUCCUCAGCUGUGGCUGAGCUGAAUUACGGUCUAUGCUUAAUGACACGAGAAGCUCGAAAUGGCGAUGGUGAACCCUAUGACCCAGAUGUGCUCUACUAUAUCUUCCUGUGUAUUCAGAAGUAUCUCUUUGAAAAUGGUCGAGUAGAUGACAUCUUCUCAGAUCUCUACUAUAUUCGGUUCACUGAGUGGCUGCAUGAAGUUCUUAAGGAUGUACAGCCUCGUGUUUCCCCUCUUGGUUAUGUCCUCUCCAGUCAUGUAACAGAAGAGAUGCUGUGGGAGUGUAAGCAGCUAGGAGCUCACUCCCCUUCCACCUUGCUCACUACACUGAUGUUUUUUAAUACAAAAUACUUCCUGUUGAAAACAGUAGACCAGCACAUGAAGCUGGCCUUCUCCAAAGUUUUGAGGCAGACCAAGAAGAACCCUUCUAAUCCCAAGGAUAAAAGCACGAGUAUCCGCUAUCUGAAGGCUCCUGGCAUGCACCAGACAGGACAGAAAGUUACAGAUGACAUGUAUGCAGAGCAGACUGAGAAUCCAGAGAACCCCCUGAGGUGUCCGAUAAAGCUGUAUGACUUCUACCUCUUCAAAUGCCCCCAGAGUGUGAAAGGCCGGAAUGACACCUUUUACUUGACCCCGGAGCCAGUGGUGGCCCCCAACAGCCCUAUCUGGUAUUCCAUCCAGCCGAUCAGCAGAGAGCAGAUGGAGCAGAUGCUCACCCGGAUCCUGGUGAUACGAGAGAUUCAGGAAGCUCUUGCCGUGGCUAAUGCCAGCACCAUGCACUAAGGCAUCCG